CCUUAAACAGGAUCUAUACACGGAUGUGUAGGAACAUCAUAAUAGAGCAGGGCUCCACGUCUACAUGUUAUACCUGCCUAUUUUGAGGGACAACUGGGAAUCUUGUUAAGUAGGAUAAAGAAAAGAAUUUUGAAAAAACUGACUUCAGAGCCAGAUGUUCGUCACCCCAACUCUAUAGAUUCGUGAAUGGUGAAGACAACAUGAUCUGUAGAAGGAGAAAGAAGAUUCCAUUAGCCUUUGUGGCUCUUCUCGUCUGUGGUGGAUUCAGCUAUUAUAUUUCUACAACCAUGUAUAAGAGUACCAGCCAAACCAAGUUCCCCCAACUUCACAACAUAGACAACAGGAUUUCAGGACCAGGUGAGGCUAUACAUGGUAAGAGAGGAGGGACAGAAAGAACAACCGGUACUUGCAUUCCACGAAAGAAAUUUGUCUUCAUUGCAACGCACAAAACUGGAACUGUCACCACCUCAAACAUUUUCCAAAGAUAUGCCAUCAACCACAAGUUGGCUGUGCUGGUAGCAACAGCCGGUAACCCCGUCUCCUGGGGCCGAUCACCCGCGGAAGAGGAUUACAUCCACACGCCAGAUGAACAGUACGACGCCCUAUUCAACCACCUGACGUACAAUAAAACAUGGCUGCGGUCCAAGUUCCCAGCCAACACAGCAUACAUCUCUAUCAUACGAGAACCAAGCAGCCAAUUGACCUCCGCCAUGCACUACUACUACCUUCCACAACUUCUGCAAAUGCGUGGCGUUAAUAACCCGGUCAAUGAGUUGUUGCUGAAUCCAUGGAAGUACAAGCAUCUGUCCGAGGUUCACUUUGACUUCUGUAACAUCACCUGGGACCCAACCAGGAACUUCAUGUCCUUCGACUUGGGGUAUCCUGCAGAGGGAGCGGAAGACGAGGAAUGGGCUCGUCGAUACAUCAGUGAACUAGAAGCCGACUUCACUCUUGUCAUGCUACUGGAGUACUUGGACGAGUCCCUUGUGCUCCUCAGACGGCUGAUGUGCUGGGAGAUGCAAGAUGUCUUUUACGUCACCAAGAACAAUCGGACAUAUUCAUAUAAAAAGAGUAUUCCCUCUAACGAACAGAUUUCCAACCUGCGGAAGUGGAAAGCCGUGGAUUAUUUACUGUAUGACACGUUCAACACGUCCCUUUGGCGCAAAAUUGCAGCACAGGGUUCGGACUUCCACGAGGAAGUAUACUACUUUAGAGAGGUCAACACAAAUGUCAACACGUACUGCGAUGAGCGACAGGAAGGGACACCCAAUCUCACAGUGGUGGCCUCGAGAUGGAAUCCACAGUUUGAAGUCGACGCCAAGUUUUGCCAUGUCAUACAAUCACGUGUAGAACAGCUAAUGGUACCACUGCGGAAAGGACAUAAGGGCGGGCGGACAAUUCUGAGUGAAAGGGUUAACGUGUGGGCCGUCGCUAAAGGACAACGAACAUUCAAAUAUAGAGAUGAGCGAGAAGAAUAUGUAAAAAUGCUUAAUGAAUCUACUUGGUAGAUCAUACUUUGCAGGGCUCCACUGCAAAGCAGUGCAAUAGCACUGGGUUGGACAACCCUGGGUAAAGAUGACAGAAAUAAACGAUAAAUACUUAUAGAUCAUACAAUCUGUCCGUCACAUUUCUCAUAUGAAUUGUAAUGACCAAAUGGUGAUAACCCCAAAAAGUGUGGCAAUAAAAACUUUCUUUCAAUCUUUAUUCAUUAAAUCAACAUUACAGAGUAGCACCUCUGAAAUCGUUGAUAUUACAAUGUGAAGUAAAUUAUUACAACAACUAGACACAGUACGCAUGACAUACACAGUACAUAGACAAAUAAAAACACUUAAGCAUCAGUCAA